GGGAUGAAUCCUUAAGGUUGAGAUUUGUUUCCUUCGUCUCCCCUCUAAGCCAGGUAUUCCCACGACGUAUUCCAUAGGCAUUGCGUGCAGGGAACCUGCGUGUCAGUAGGAUCAUCGGCGGCUGACCAAGAUCGUCGUCUUGCCGGGGACGAAGGGGCUGAAAGGAAAGGACUUUCAACCAAGUUCGCGACUUUCUAAGUCUUAGCUCGAUGUACUGACAUGUAGCAUCCAGUGUACCUUCGAAGAGUACACGCAACUCUGCUAUGCUCUCUUACCCAUUCCAAAUCAAGUUCUCCAUCUUUCGCCUUUCUAACUAUCUCCUUUUGAAGUCUCCCGGUCUUUCUUUCUGCCCAUUCAAAGCGACUUUGCAUUUCGCUUUAUCUUCCUUUUCAACCGGUGCCCUGGCAAGGCCAGCUUCGAUGCAUGAUGUUCAAAUACACCGGACCUACCUAUGGCCCCUGGCCCCUAGGAAUCAACGGGGCCACUGGCCAGUCUGACAAUAUUUUGGGCCCAAGUGACAUCUCUAUUUAUUUCAAUGCCGUCUACUACCCCAGCUGGAGGAUCUAUAAAAAGCAGCCUCCGUCGUCGCUGAGGUUGGGAUGCGUGAGCCAUGUGUUUUACGCUUUUGCAUGGGUGAACCCGGACGGCACCGUCAGACUCAGCGAUGAAUGGGCGGAUGACCAAAUGCCUGUGGAUGGCACACAAGGAUGUAUCAGAGCAUUUACUCAACUCAAAGAACAAUACACAGGGAUGAAGGUGAUCCUUUCGAUCGGCGGCGGAGGAACCGGCAGUCAACAUUUCGCCACCGUCGCCAAAGACCCGAUCGCGCUCCAGAACUUUAUACAGAGUGCAAAGAAUAUGGUGGAUCGGUUUGGCCUUGACGGGCUUGAUAUUGACUGGGAACACCCUUCUGACUCGCAGCAAGGAGAAGACUACGUCAAUCUCCUACGCUUACUACGAGAGGGCCUUCCGUGGCCGCAGUAUACGCUAACCACUGCCCUACCGGCAGGAGAGUGGGCCUUGAGGCACAUCAACCUCAUCCACGCCCAAUGCUACGUCGAUCUAAUCAAUCUCAUGACCUAUGAUUUUUCAGGUCCCUGGACACCUCAUAGUGGUCAUCAAUCCCAGCUAUUUUCCCCUCAUACCCCGCAUAGCGAGGCGGCAGGAAUCAGUUGUCACUCUGGCAUAUCAUACGUGCUCGCGCAGGGUGUUCCGUCGAGUAAAAUUCUCCUCGGCAUAUCCGUAUACGGUCGAGCGUUCCCGGGAACGACGGGGGUCGGACAGACACACUGCAUUAGCAAUGAGACGCCCGAAGACAAAAUUGUGUUCGAUUAUUGUGACUUACCACUGCCAGGUAGCGUAGAGCAGCACGAUGACCGUUUGUGUGCAGCAUUCUGCGUGGAUCGUAACAUGGGGUUUGUUUCAUACGAUUCGACAAGGACAGUGGUGCAGAAAGCAAAGUUUGUGAGGGAGAUGGCACUAGGAGGUUUGUUUUAUUGGCAUGUUGCGGCGGAUGCAGUUGGGAAAAGGAGUCUGGUCGCGGCGGGGUACAGUGCACUACAUGAUUUGUAGUUUCAGAAAAAAAAAAUAUUAAAAAAAUAAUAAAGUGUGCAGUACUAUCGUUUUAAGUCAUUUCGCGUGUACAGCUGCUGCCAUUAUUCAUUAUUACGCACUAUAUACAACUCUCAUGUAAGCAUAGAGUGCUCUCAACAGGCAUAUGCAAGCCUAGUAGGGUAUCCAAACAUUUAUCGCAUACAGUACCACGGACACCCACGGACAGCAUGUCAGAUGCCUGUGGGGCGGGGGGAGCAUUUGGCAGAUAUUUCCAAUGUAAAAUCUGGUUCCAACUCCCCAAAAGAAAAGCAACAUCAUCGUGGUUUAUGAACCAUGAAUAAGGUAGGUAGGCACAUGUGUGGAUAUGUGACCUUUUCCCGGUAUGUUAUGUAUGUAUACAGAUAGCCAGCCUCCGAAUAAACCGACCAAGAUAUAUGCAUUAUUCUGGCCCCGAAAGAUUAUACAGCAUUCCGGCUUGGGAUGCUUUGAUAUGGACGAAGUGAAAAAUAAUAACAAUAAGAACACCAAUUAUGGGAUAUAUAAAAGUAUAAAAAUGGGCAAAAUGGGCGGAGUGAACAAGAGGGGAGGGGUGUUUACUCGAACAACACCGCUCCGACAUUCAAGUCCACAUGGAGUCGGUUGGAGGCUAAGGCCUUAGUAUAGUAAGGGAGAUCCUCGCCGUUGUACCUGGCCGACUCUCCGACGAUCUCGAUAGGGAGGAUGCCGUCUCGGUAUGGGGCGUUUCUGCCAGCAAUGAGGCCGAGGACCUUGGCUUGGUUGACUUUGGACGUCAUUUCGACGUUGUUGUCACCGGGGCGGAUGACGACAUUGUUCAUGAAGGAUUGGCCAAUGGGUUCACCGUCCACGGAGAGGUUGAGUG